CCCAAAAUGUUGAGAUUAAAGGUGUAAGUCACCACGCCUGGCCAGGUUCUAAUGUUUUACCUGUCCACCCACCCACUCAGUAAAUCUACAUCAAUGAAUUCCUGGGAUCUGGGAUGGUGAGAGAGAUCAAGCAUGUAUGUAUGUGGGGAGGCAGCAGAUGGCUGAAAUUCUGAUGUGAUGUAGCUGCUUAAUGCACGAUCUGAAAACCCCUGCACUGGUGAUUUUGGAACAGGUCUAGAAUAUUUCAAUAAAUAUAUUAACAUACCAAGAAGUGCAGGAGCAACCACUGGGCAAAUACAAAACCUUACAUCCCUGGUGAUGUCUCUGAGCUGAACAGACAUGUCCUUGCAGAAGUUUGAUAAUGAUGGUACGAUGGUGCCCCCUCGUGACAGAAGCUUUAACUACAGCUUGAAUAUCGUGUGACAUGGUAAAUAAAUUCAUUGAGCCCCAGCAAGAAGGAAUAUUAAAGAAGAGCAAAGAAUAGUAGCUGGACAGAAGAUGGGGGUCACUGAACCUGUAUCCUAGUUGCCAGACCCGUAAACUGACCACAGGACCUGGGGGAGGCAGCAGAUGACCGAAAAAAAAAAAAAAAAAAAAAAAAACCCUCGAGUGAUGUGGCUGAAUACUGCAUAAUCUGAAGACUCUUCACUGAGGACUGUGAAAAAUAGGCCCAGCACCACCUCUGCACGCAACCCCGUGGGCCUGGCUCAGGAGGGGGUCGGGGCCAGCACGAUGAGCGCCCCAGGCAGCCCCGACCAGGCCUAUGACUUCCUGCUCAAGUUCCUGCUGGUGGGUGACAGCGACGUGGGCAAGGGCGAGAUCCUGGAGAGCCUGCAGGACGGUGCAGCCGAGUCCCCAUACAGCUACCUAGGGGGGAUCGACUACAAGACGACCACCAUCCUGCUGGACGGCCAGCGGGUGAAGCUGAAGCUGUGGGAUACAUCGGGGCAGGGAAGAUUUUGUACCAUAUUCCGCUCGUAUUCUCGUGGUGCCCAAGGAGUGAUCCUGGUGUACGACAUUGCAAACCGCUGGUCCUUCGAGGGUAUGGAUCGAUGGAUUAAGAAGAUUGAUGAGCAUGCCCCUGGUGUCCCUAAAAUCCUGGUGGGGAAUCGCCUACAUCUGGCAUUCAAGAGGCAGGUGCCCAGGGAGCAGGCCCAGGCCUACGCCGAGCGCCUGGGCGUGACCUUCUUUGAGGUCAGCCCCCUGUGCAAUUUCAACAUCAUAGAGUCUUUCACGGAGCUGGCCAGGAUCGUGCUGCUGCGGCACAGGUUGAACUGGCUCGGGAGGCCGAGCAAGGUACUGAGCUUGCAAGACCUCUGCUGCCGCGCCAUCGUGUCCUGCACGCCCGUGCACCUGGUGGACAAGCUCCCGCUCCCCAUUGCCUUAAGAAGCCACCUCAAGUCCUUCUCCAUGGCCAAGGGCCUGAAUGCCAGGAUGAUGCGUGGCCUCUCCUACUCCCUCACGGCGAGCUCCACUCACAAUAGGAGCAGCCUCUGCAAAAUGAAGAUCGUCUGCCCACCCCGGAGUCCACCCAAAAACUGCACCAGAAACAGCUGCAAAAUUUCUUAAGAAAGGCACCAAAAGGAAGCAAGUUGGAAUCGCUCCAGGAAAAGCUCUGAAUGGUUACACCUGGAAGAGGAAAGAUGCAUUCAAGAUUCAAGAAAUAGGUUUUCAGUUUCUCAUGGGAACGAUGCUGCUUGGCAAUGUGUGUGAUGCCUUCCAUUAAUAACAGCACUUAUGCAGUUGGACUUUGAAUUUCUACGUGGAUGUGCAUGUGUUUCUAAAGGGAAAAUUAGUACUCUGCUCAACUCUUGUUAACAUGAAAUUUUUAAUGUUAUUUAUAUCAUAAUCACACUGCAACUUUUUCCAUAAAAUAACCGCUUUUGUAAGAAUGUUGAUAUGGCAACGAUGAGUAUAAAUUCAAGGGAAUUUGAGAAGCAAUGAUAGUGAGAUAAUUCAGAGUCAUCAAUAUUACAAGAGGGGCCUUUUUGUAAACCUUUUAAAUGUCAAAGCACCAAUUUAUAAAACACUGCAGAUGCACAUAGAGAUUAUACAUAACAGAUCUGUCCAGCUUGUGCAUGAAAUGGAUUUGAUAAAGUUUUUGCUAUGUUAUUUUACUACAUUUAGGGAUUAAUAAGUGAUUUAUAUGUAUGUUUUUCUGUAAAUCUACUUUUUUGUACAAGAUAUUCCACAAGAUAUGAAGCUAAGGGAAGAAAACACCAAAGAUAUCUCUAGUUACGUUGAACAUAGCCAACAUGGUUUUAAUGGAUCAGUAAGAAAAAAGCCAUUUCAGUAAGGAAUGAAAUGUUAAGAAAUGUUAAUGAAAUGUUAUUUAAGAAAAUGUUUCUUAACAGUAAAAAGGCAUAUAUUUUUCUUUUUUGGUAAAACAAAAAGAAAAAGAAAAAUAUGUAUAAUGUAACCCUGCAAGAUGAGGCUUUGCAGAAAAACAAUGUGAUAGAACACGGGCAGGGAGGCCCAUUAUAAGGCUUUAGGUAAGUCAUUUCUAAAUGUGCUGGCCAGUUUUGGUUAACACCUCACAGAUCAAUGUAGAGGUUAAUGAGAUCCCAUCCGGGAAAGCACGUCUGAGACCUUAGAUGGGAAGGAAGGGAAAGUGAUUUCCAUGUAAUUACUUUUCGAUUUACACUGUGGGUUAUUAUAAUAAUCAAUAUUGGAUGAACUGAGUAAAUAUAACUCUUUGCACUCUUUUGUAA